GUUAGACGCUACAAAGUUUUCGGCAUCAAAAUCGCAGAGGAAGGUAAUUGGUAAAUUUAAUCGAUUCAUCCAAGGUACUUGGGUGCCUUCGGGAGCCGAUGAUGGUAGUGAAGUCGUUAACAACCGUACACAGUCGAAAUCGAAGAAAGAAGCCCAGAAAGCGUUUGAUCUGUCUGAAUCAAUUCACAUCUCGGAGGAACAUGAAGGGUGGAAACAUCAAUUCAAGGUUGUGAUGGAGCCAUCUUCGGUGACCGAUGAAAAAUUUAAUCUAUUCAAGAAAUAUCAGACAAUAAUACACCAAGAACCUCCUAGUAAAGUCUCUGCGCGUGGUUAUGAAAGGUUUCUAGUUGAAUCCCCGUUAAAAGCAAAUGGCACGCUGAUUGCCGUUGCAGUGUUGGACAUAUUGCCCCGCUUUGUGUCUUCUGUCUAUUUCAUGUAUGAUCCAGAGUAUUCCUUUUUGGGAUUGGGAAAGUAUAGCGCGUUAAGAGAAAUUGCAUUAGCUAAUGAAUUACGAGAAGAUGGUCGUGACGAAUUGAAGUAUUAUUAUAUGGGAUAUUACAUUCACUCUUGUCCGAAGAUGCGUUACAAGGGUCAAUAUAGACCAUCUUAUCUAUGUGAUCCAAUAACAAAGGAAUGGCAUCCGUUCGAGAAAUGGAUUCCCGAACUUGAGAAGAAUCCAUUUGUGACAUUUGCGACUCAUGUACCUACAACUGCCGAUGGUAAACUACCUCCACCAGGCAUGCUUGAUGCGAGCAGUCUCACUUACGAUGAUAUUGCCCAUGUACCAGUAUACGUCAGCAGAGGGAUGAAAUAUGUCAAGACAUAUGUAAAGGACGAGCCAACUUUGAAAGAAAAUGAAGAAAGAAUCAGGGAAAUCAAGGAACAUACGGCUGCU